AUGACCUGCAAUACUGGUGACCACAGAAUUCGCUUGCUUCUUCAGUUCUUCCAGGGUAAUAGCACCCGAAAAUUUUCGCUAUACAGAGAACGACACAAUGGCUUCCCACUCUCGGCAUUCUUCCAAAUACGUCAAGUACCGCUUUCAGCACCUUUCCGACCACUUGCUUCGUGGGGUUUCGAUUCCACGGACGAAUGUUUCAAGCAUGAUCAUUCUGCUGGCAACGGAUUUCUGUACACUGGCAUAUCUUCAUCUGCACGUUGCUCAGACCUGAUUCUAUAUCCCGUGAAAUCAGUUGACAAAGAUGACCAAUAUCGAUUUGAUUAUAAUGAUGUUGGUUUUGGUAAUACUCAUAGUCAAGGCGCAACUGUAAUCAUAACUUGUACUGAAAGAGGACAGCCAGCUAUUGUUGAAGGUUAUGAUCAGCAACGAAUCUCUAUAACAUCAUCUCAAAAUUUGUUGGCAGCAUGCGCAAACGUUGGUGGUUCACAGUAUACUUGGACUACAUUUGGAAGAAUCUUGCAGUUCGAUGAAAUAAUUAUGGAGCAACCUAUUGAGUAA